AUGUGCGUUCUGCGAAGUCUCCAGGGCGGCUCAAGCAAGGCGCAAACGGCCCGGUUCGGAAUAUCGGCCAUGGCGGAAACCCUCGGGACCUACAACCUGAUGAAGGACGCGCCUGGCUGCACGGGCAUGUUCUGGCGCGCCGAUCCUCGCAGUGGCCAGAAGGGCACCAUGGACAAUUGGCCACGGGAUGGUGCACAGCUGAAAGGCGUGGUCCACGAGGUGAAUGGUGCCAAGUGGCUCGAAUGCAAGGAGGUGAAGCAGAAGGGCGCAGACUGGACCAAAUGCUCUGCCGACCAAUGGAUGCCGUUUCGCUACUCCCAGUACUACCUGGAGGAGGCCUAG